CUCUCCGGGCGAAGCUGGGAAUUGGGUGGGAUUAUACGGAGCAGCCCGCCGCCGCCGCUAGCAGAGCCCGACUUGGAGAGGGCGGGGGUUCCCCUCCGUCAGUCGCGCCGGGCGCCCCUCGCCUCGUCUCGCUCUCCGCCUCGCAUUCCCCGACGUCCGGCCGGCAGGACCCCGCAGCACCCGGAGCCUCCCGCCCGGGGAGCCACGGUCUGCGCCCCGAGCCUGUAGCCCCCCGCCCGGCCCCGGCGGGGCCCCCCCCUCCCCUCCCCCUCCUGCGCGCGGGGACCCGGCCGGCUUCCGCCCGCCCCGGGCUGCAAGACCGGCCCUGGCUGCCCGGCCGCCCGUAGCUCCAGCCAUGGGCUCGGGACGCGUGCCCGGGCUCUGCCUGCUCGUCCUGCUGGUCCACGCCCGCGCCGCCCAGCACAGCAAAGCCGCGCAAGAUGUGGACGAGUGUGUGGAGGGGACUGACAACUGUCACAUCGAUGCUAUCUGCCAGAACACCCCACGGUCCUACAAGUGCAUCUGCAAGUCUGGCUACACAGGGGAUGGCAAACACUGCAAAGAUGUGGAUGAGUGUGAGCGAGAGGAUAAUGCAGGCUGUGUGCAUGACUGUGUCAACAUCCCUGGCAAUUACCGAUGCACCUGCUACGAUGGAUUCCACCUGGCACAUGAUGGACACAACUGUCUGGAUGUGGAUGAGUGUGCCGAGGGCAAUGGCGGCUGUCAGCAGAGCUGUAUCAACAUGAUGGGCAGCUACGAGUGCCACUGCCGGGAAGGCUUCUUCCUCAGCGACAACCAGCACACCUGCAUCCAGCGGCCAGAAGGAAUGAAUUGCAUGAACAAGAACCACGGCUGUGCCCACAUUUGCCGGGAGACACCCAAGGGGGGCAUUGCCUGUGAAUGCCGCCCUGGCUUCGAGCUCACCAAGAACCAACGGGACUGUAAAUUGACAUGCAACUAUGGGAAUGGUGGCUGCCAGCACACAUGCGAUGACACAGAGCAGGGUCCCCGGUGCGGCUGCCAUGUCAAGUUUGUGCUCCAUACCGACGGGAAGACAUGCAUCGAGACCUGUGCUGUCAACAACGGGGGCUGUGACAGUAAGUGCCACGAUGCAGCGACUGGUGUCCACUGCAGCUGCCCUGUGGGCUUCAUGCUGCAGCCAGACAGGAAGACCUGCAAAGACAUAGACGAGUGCCGCUUGAACAAUGGGGGCUGUGACCACAUUUGCCGCAACACAGUGGGCAGCUUCGAAUGCAGCUGCAAGAAAGGCUAUAAGCUGCUCAUCAAUGAAAGGAACUGCCAAGAUAUAGAUGAGUGUUCCUUUGAUCGAACCUGUGAUCACAUGUGUGUCAACACACCGGGAAGCUUCCAGUGUCUCUGCCAUCGUGGCUACCUGCUCUAUGGUGUCACCCACUGUGGGGAUGUGGAUGAAUGCAGCAUCAACCGGGGAGGUUGUCGCUUUGGCUGCAUCAACACACCAGGCAGCUACCAGUGUACCUGCCCAGCAGGUCAGGGCCGGCUGCACUGGAACGGCAAAGAUUGCACAGAGCCAGUGAAGUGUCAGGGAAGUCCUGGGGCCUCAAAAGCCAUGCUCAGCUGCAACCGGUCUGGCAAGAAGGACACCUGUGCCCUGACCUGUCCCUCCCGGGCCCGGUUUUUGCCAGAGUCUGAGAAUGGCUUCACAGUAAGCUGUGGCAUCCCCAGCCCCAGAGCUGCUCCAGCCCGAGCCGGCCACACUGGGAACAGCACAAACUCCAACCACUGCCAUGAGGCUGCAGUGCUAUCCGUUAAACAGCGAGCCUCCUUCAAGAUCAAGGAUGCCAAAUGCCGUUUGCACCUGCGAAACAAAGGCAAAAUGGAAGAGGCCAGCAGAAUCCCAGGGCCAGGUGGUGCCCCCUGCUCUGACUGCCAGGUCACCUUCAUCCACCUCAAGUGUGACUCCUCUCGGAAGGGCAAGGGCCGGCGGGCCCGGACCCCUCCAGGCAAGGAGGUCACCCGGCUCACCCUGGAACUGGAGGCGGAGGUCAGAGCUGAAGAAACCACAGCUGGCUGUGGGCUGCCCUGCCUCCGACAGCGGAUGGAACGACGGCUGAAAGGGUCCCUGAAGAUGCUCAGAAAGUCCAUCAACCAGGACCGCUUCCUGCUGCGCCUGGCAGGCCUUGAUUAUGAGCUGGCCCACAAACCAGGCCUGGUAGCUGGGGAGCGAGCAGAGCUUGUGGAGUCCUGCAGGCCCGGGCAGCACCGUGCUGGGGCCAAGUGUGUCAGCUGCCCGCAGGGAACGUAUUACCACGGCCAGACGGAGCAGUGUGUGCCAUGCCCAGCGGGCACCUUCCAGGAGAGAGAAGGGCAGCUCUCCUGCGACCUUUGCCCUGGGAGUGAUGCCCACGGGCCUCUCGGAGCUACCAACGUCACCACGUGUGCAGGUCAGUGCCCACCUGGCCAACACUCUGUAGAUGGGUUCAAGCCCUGCCAGCCAUGCCCACGUGGUACCUACCAACCUGAAGCAGGACGGACCUUAUGCUUCCCAUGUGGUGGGGGCCUCAGCACCAAGCAUGAGGGGGCCAUCUCCUUCCAAGACUGUGACACCAAAGUCCAGUGCUCCCCAGGGCACUACUACAAUACCAGCAUCCAUCGCUGUAUCCGCUGCGCCAUGGGCUCCUAUCAGCCUGACUUCCGACAGAACUUCUGCACCCGCUGUCCAGGAAACACAAGUACUGACUUUGAUGGCUCCACCAGUGUGGCCCAGUGCAAGAAUCGUCAGUGUGGCGGGGAGCUGGGUGAGUUUACUGGCUAUAUCGAGUCCCCCAACUACCCGGGCAACUACCCAGCCGGCGUGGAGUGCGUCUGGAACAUCAACCCCCCACCCAAGCGCAAGAUCCUUAUCGUGGUACCUGAGAUCUUCCUGCCAUCUGAGGACGAGUGUGGGGACGUCCUCGUCAUGAGAAAGAACUCCUCCCCAUCCUCCAUUACCACUUACGAGACCUGCCAGACCUACGAACGCCCCAUCGCCUUCACGGCACGUUCCAGGAAGCUCUGGAUCAACUUCAAGACAAGUGAGGCCAACAGCGCUCGUGGCUUCCAGAUCCCCUAUGUUACCUAUGAUGAGGACUAUGAGCAGCUGGUAGAAGACAUUGUACGAGAUGGCCGGCUCUAUGCCUCUGAAAACCACCAGGAGAUCUUAAAGGAUAAGAAGCUCAUCAAGGCCUUCUUUGAGGUGCUAGCCCACCCCCAGAACUACUUCAAGUACACAGAGAAACACAAGGAGAUGCUGCCAAAAUCCUUCAUCAAGCUGCUCCGCUCCAAAGUUUCCAGCUUCCUAAGGCCCUACAAAUAGUGCCCCUAGGCCCAGAGACCCAGGUUUUGAAACCCUCAGACUUCUUAGCCCUCAGAGCCGGCAGCCCCCCACCACCCUCAGACAAGGAACUCUCACCUCUCUCUCUGGAGAAAAAAAUAUCACUACACAGACCAGGCACUCUCCCUGUCUUUCUAGUUUCCUUUCCUUCUCUCUCUCUCUCUCUUUACUAUUUUUCCCUUUCCUACUUGCUCCCUGGAAAUGCCAUUCAGUGCUGGCUCUAUUCCCCCUGAGGGGUGAAGGAAUAGCACAGCCCCUUCCCUGCCCAUUUUACCAGCUCAUAUGCCUGGGUCCAUCGGCUUGGAAGGGUGUUAGAGGCCCAUGAAGGAAGUGGGUCUAACUGAGAAUGGGGAAGGGGAAGAAGGGCUUCUGCCAUUAUAGGGUUGUGCCUUGCUAGUCAGGAGCCAGAACGUCCCCUGGCUGUGCUCCCCAGGGUGAUUCUAACAGCCCAGAUUCCUGCCAAAGAAGCCUUGACUUACAGGCUUAAUGCCAACACUGGUCCUCGGGGGCACAUGAUUUGAGCCCUGGACCACCCACAUAGCUGGCUUUCUUGUCUAUAUAGCUCCUCUCUUUCUUCCCCCACGUCUGCCUGGGGUCUACUCCAUAGAGUUUACAAGUGGCCCACAACACUGGGCUAGUGGAUACCGGCUGAAUGAGGAAGAGCAACAGGCACUGCCAUGUUGAAUGCCCUGCUUUGGCUCCUGGAGAGAAAGACUGUAGCUCUGCAAGACAAAACCCAGGUUUUAAAGCAU